CCAUUCAGGAGUAACCAGCUGUUCAUUUCCCACGAUACCGGCAGGAUUACUCAACCCACUAAAAGCAGUAGAGCAAAAGACGGUCUUCCCUACCUGGUACGGGGUUGGCACAACGGACAAAUGGCACAAUCACAGCAUGUUGCGGCCAAGCAGCGGUCCAGGCGUCGGCACCAGACACGCAGUCCCUCCCCAUCUCGCCACCAUGAUUGGGACUCACGGCAUAAUUCCAAUCCCCAUUCGCUGCCUUACCGACCCGGAGGACCUGAAAUACACAGGUUUGCCGGUAGAAAUUUAAAAAUUUAUCCUCAGCCAAGUGCACCGCAGUCCGAAGACGACGACGAGGACGGCGAUUUAAGCGACCCAACCCCUCACCCACCAAUGCCUCCUCCACAACCAAACAAGAAGCUGAAUCGUCCCCGAUCAGCCACCGUUGGAUCUCGGAACGGGAAAGGUCGGGCGGUAUAUCUCGAAAUUGAAGAUGGCGAUGACGACGAUGAGCAGGCGAAGAUGAUUUCGAGACUCAGGUCUAGAUCUAGACCCAGGACGCAAUCGAGGACCAGGGCUAGGAGCAUGACCAGGAGCGUGACCAGUAGUAGCGGAGAUGAUGAGACCUACGAACUAUCGACGCCGCCGAGAUCCACCCCCUUGUAUCGAUCCAGGCCUACCUCGAGGCUCCCAUCACCGUCUUCCUCGAGAAGUUCGAGUGUUGACACUGAGUCAUCGGAUUCCACCGAUGAUGAGAGGCUUGAGCGCCGAGCCCGCAAAAGACCAGUUCAGGUCCCAUUAACCCCGCCUGCGCCCCCGGUCGACCGGGUACCCCGACGACGACAGCGAUCAAGCCAUCGAGAAAGGCCCGCCCCCGUACCCGCGCCCGCGCCCGCCUACGAAGAAGAUAGCGAUGAUGAACCCGUAUACGAGACUGCUCUCCGUCGUUUACGGGACAGGUCUAAAUCCGUGCCGCGGUCGGGGCACGUAGAGUCGCGAAGCACGUCCCGGAUUCGCGCUCGUCAUCGAGAUUUUUACGAUGAACCAGAAGCUAGUUCAUCGAGACGGUAAGCGUUGAAAAAAUAUUUAAUCAUGUGUUUUAAUUUUAUGUCAAAGUUGCAUAACACUAAACUGAGCUAACCAUCUUGUUAGACCUCAUCGAAGGAGGUAUUAUGAAUCGGAUGUGGGAUAUCCUACGAAGCCUUCGCUUCCACGGGCGCAUACGGCUCCCAGCUCACAUGUGGCAUCUCAGAGGUGGAGUGUAUCGUGUGCCUUGACGACCUACCGUCUUCGAAGACGGCCAAGUUGAAGUGUGGUCA